CUGAAGGCUGUACGUGGAUCGACCUAUAUGCCUCAUAAACCCCAAUUUCAUUCGCUGCAAGGUUUAGGACGCCCGUGUUUCUAUCGAAGUUACUUUAGAGCCACCGGUGUAUACUAUCAGUUAGCUCACCAAGCAACCAUGUGAGAUUACCACGCCGCGGUCAGGGCCAGGGGGUAUAAACUGGCUAGUGUCUAGUUCCCGACCUGCCGGGUAUGCGAAAUGCAUCGUGGGAGAGUUACGCGCUCGUCGGUUGCGUUACGAUGCGGGCCUCUAUUUUAUGUCUGUCUGUCCCCCUUGCAAUUACGAGUGGUGUCCUGGGCCGACCGGCGUCGAGACAGCCUGCAGAAAAAUGCGAGACGCCUCUGAUUCGGAGAGAAUGGUGUGUUUCAGUCGACGGUAAACAGGACUUCAUCUCGGCGGUGAAGUGCCUCCAAUCCCGACCGGGGAACACAUCCGACACAUUUUCCGGAGUCAAGUCGCGAUACGACGACUUCCUGGCAUUGCAUAUCACUAAGACUGAUUAUGUGCAUUGGGUGGGGCAUUUCCUCCCAUGGCACCGAUACUACUUGUGGAAAUUUGAACAAGCUCUCCGAAAGGAAUGCUCUUAUGGAGGUUCCCUACCAUACUGGGGCUGGGCGCAGGACUCUGACAACGAAACCUCCAUCCUAAAAUCACCAAUCUUCCAUCCUGACACCGGAUUUGGAGGGAAUGGUCCCUAUAUUGAGGACGUCAGCUACUUCCCAGAGGAGUGGCAAACUGGGAUAGACAUACCCGGGAGGUCAGGUGGAGGAUGUAUUGCGGACGGACCCUUCGCAGGAUCGAAUAUCUCCAUGGGGCCUGGGAACCAUACCGAAUACAACCCGCAUUGUCUUCGAAGAGACAUGAGCCCCUGGCUGAUGACUCAGUCGUUGAAUAAAAGCACUGUCGAGUUCAUAUUAAACUCGACUGAUUAUUUUGAACUCGACCAUAGGAUCGAGGGCCUAGAGCUGGGGCUCUCCGGGAUAUCAAUUCAUGUUGGUGGGCAUCUAGGUAUAGGCGGAAAAAUAGGAGAAAUGUCAAACACAUACUCUUCGCCAGCAGAUCCUAUCUUCUGGCUUCAUCAUUGCGCCAUAGACCGCCUAUGGGACACUUGGCAGAGAAAAGAUUGGCAGAAGAGAAAGGUGGAUAUAGGAGGACCCGAUACACAAUGGGCAUAUCCAUACGACUAUUAUGGCGAACUGCCAUAUGAAAACGUCACCCUGGACUUUGUAAUGAAUUUCGGUAAGGUGGCCCCGGAGGUAAAGAUACGUGAAGUUAUGGAUAUACACGACGCGCCAUUUUGUAUUGCAUACACAUCGUGAGAGCUGGCUUGGCCCAGCCUAAUGACGGUUACUAUAUAGGUGAUAAUGGUGCAUAAAAGGGUUCAGCUUAGGUCGGACAGCUUUUGGAAGAGAAAAAAAAAACAUCGAUACGCAUCUGUAUUUGAUGAGUCGGGCCAGUUUGUCAUUUCACCCGCAAUCUAGAGGCGGUGAUCGGGAGGCGGUGAGGAUAAAGUAGUACCUAUGUAUUUGCCUCGUCGCUCUUUUCCUCAUCCAGCC